AUGGAGGGUGGAGAGGAAGGAGUGGAGAUGGUGGUGGACUCAAAGGACUUACAGCAACAGAGCAAAGCGUUGGACAAGCUCACUGACCGCGUCGAGGAUCGCCAGCUGGAUUCCACGCGCGUCCAAGAGGCUAUGGCUUCCAUCGCUGCUUCUGCUGAAGCUGAUCGCAAUGCCAUGCGCAUCAGGGAGAAAGAAUUAGCUGCGGUUAAGAUUAAUGCAGCAGAUGUUGAUAUAAUUGCAAAUGAACUAGAGUUGGACAAAAAGGUUGCUGAAAGAACUCUGCGUGAGCACAAAGGUGAUGCAGUUGCUGCCAUUAGGCACUUGCUUCACUAG